AACUUUUGUCUACUUUUUCCCUUUCGCACAGGUUUCGAGUUGGCCAUCGGAGCGGAGCUUCUUGCCUUUGCAUUUCAUAGUGCUGCGGCUUUUUAGUAAGGCCCACUUUUUACAGCGAUCUCGUGCCGUGCAAAUGCAACAACCAUAAGAAUAGUGAGAGGUGACUGCGUGUAACUUUUCUACGUGUGUUUCUUUGUAUUUGGAUUAUUAUAAUUGCAAAGCGCUAAAAUACGGUAAAGACAUCCUGCUGCAGGACUGCAGUUUUGCUUCGGACAGAUUCCAAUCGUGCGAACUGUGAAGUGUUCCUUUGUUGAGUGCGUGUGUGAAUCGUAACCCAUCAAACCGCUUACAGAAAAAGGAAUCUGAAAAAUGAGUGGAACUCAAGCUGCUGCUGCCGCCGCCCCUGCGCCGGUUCUUAAGAAAGGAAUUGUGAAACAGGUCCUUUCCGGAGAUUCGUUGAUAAUCCGUGGUCAACCAAAGGGUGGUCCCCCACCAGAGAAGCAAAUAAAUUUCUCCGGUGUGAUCGCACCGAAACUUGCCCGCCGACCAACCAGCAAUUCCACGGAUGCAACGAAAGAUGAACCGUAUGCCUGGGAAGCUCGCGAGUACUUGCGCCAACGGCUGAUUGGCCAAGAGGUGUACUUCUAUGCCGAACGCCCGCCGAAUGCCAACCGUGACUAUGGCUACGUCUGUCUCGGGAAGGAUCAAGCUACCGCUGAGAACAUUGUGGAAUCGAUCAUAUCGGAAGGGCUGGUGAGUGUUCGUCGAGACGGUGUCCGUCAAACGCCUGAACUUGCCCGUUUGAUCGAGCUGGAAGAUGCAGCCAAGGCAGCUCGCAAAGGUAAAUGGAGCGAUUCGCCGCCCUCGGAACACGUGCGCAACAUAACCUGGAACAUUGAAAAUUCGAAGGCGUUCUGUGACCAAUAUUGCGGUAAGCCCAUCAAAGCCAUCAUCGAGCAUGUGCGCGAUGGAUCAACCGUGCGUGCAUUCCUGUUGCCUGGUUUCCAGCAUAUUACGCUGAUGAUGUCCGGAAUUCGAUGCCCUGGUUUCAAGCUUGAUGGUGACGGAAAACCUGACACCACAACGGAGGUGCCGUAUGCCGAGGAAGCUCGUUAUUUCGUUGAGUCGCGCCUAUUGCAACGGGAUGUAGAAAUCCGCCUUGAAUCGGUUACCAACACUAACUUCGUCGGCACGAUAAUAUUCCCGAAGGGAAACAUCGCAGAAGCAUUACUUCGAGAAGGAUUUGCUAGUUGCGUCGAAUGGAGUAUGCGUUACGUGAAGGAAGGUGUUGAGCGUCUGCGUGCUGCCGAGAAACACGCUAAAGCCAAUCGGCUGCGUCUGUGGAAGGACUAUCAACCACCGACUGCAGCAUAUAACACCAAGGACAAGGACUUUGCUGGAACGGUUACCGAAGUGUUCAAUGGCGAUGCCAUCGCAGUCAAGAUUAGCAAUACCGUCACCAAGAAAGUAUUCUUUUCACACAUUAGGCCACCACGUGAGGCAAACCGUGGUCUCACUGAGGAUGGUGCCCCUCCACCACCGCGCGCCAAGGGAUCCCGCCCAUUGUACGAUGUUCCGUGGUUGUUUGAAGCCCGCGAAUUCCUGCGCAAAAAACUUGUCGGCAAGAAGGUGAACUGUUCGUUGGAUUAUGUGUCACCGGCAAGGGAUAAUUUCCCGGAAAAGUACCACUACACCGUGACGCUGGCUGGAGUUAAUGUGGCAGAAGCCUUAGUCGCUAAGGGAUUGGCUAAUGUGAUUGUGAACCGUGAAAACAACGAUCAACGCUCACCGUUCUUCGACGAUCUGCGAGCGGCAGAGGAACAAGCUAAGAAAGGUGGUAAAGGUUUGAACGCGAAGGAUGACAUUCCGACGCAUCGUAUCAACGAUCUGACGGUGGAUCACUCGCGUAUCAAGCACCAGUACCUACCGUCGUGGCAACGUGCACUGCGUACCGAAGCAGUGGUCGAGUUCGUGGCUAGUGGCUCCCGCUUCCGAAUCUACUGUCCGAAGGAUAGUUGUCUAGUAACAUUCCUUUUGGCCGGUAUUUCCUGUCCCCGUUCGUCCCGACCUGCCAUGAAUGGUGCCCAGGCACAGGAAGGUGAACCUUUCGGUGACGAUGCGCUGCAAUUCAGCCGUGAGAGAGUUCUUCAGCGUGACGUGAGCGUGAAGAUUGAAACCACGGACAAAGCCGCUACCAGUGUGAUCGGGUGGUUGUGGACCGAAAACAACGUCAAUCUUUCGGUGGCCCUCGUCGAGGAAGGUCUUGCCACGGUUCAUUUCACCGCUGAGAAGACGGAACAUUAUCGUGCAUUGGCGGACGCGGAAAGCCGAGCCAAGGCGAAACGCAAGAAUAUCUGGAAGGAUUACGUAGAAAAGACGGAAGACGAGAACAAGGAAAACGAAGAAGAAAAGGAAGAUCCGGCUGCUCCCGCCGACCGAAAGGUCAAAUAUGAGAACGUUGUCGUCACCGAAGUUACACCCGAGAUGCACUUCUACGCUCAGCACUCCGAACAGGGCGCCAAGUUAGAGGAACUGAUGAGCAAGUUGCGCCAGGAAUUCCGAGCAAUGCCACCGGUAACGGGAGCCUACAACCCAAGACGGGGUGAUCUCUGUGCGGCGAAAUUUGCCGAAGACAACGAGUGGUACCGCGCCAAGGUGGAAAAGGUCGAGAAAGGUGGCAACGCUUCGGUCCUGUACGUUGACUACGGCAACCGCGAGACUCUUCCAACAACCCGUUUAGCAAUGCUUCCGCCUGCCUUCCUAUCGGACAAACCGUACGCGCACGAGUACUCACUGGCGCUAGUUGUUUUGCCAACGGACCCGGACGACAAAACCGAUGCAAUCAAAGCCUUUGCCCAGGAUACGCUCAACAAAACUCUGCAGCUUAACGUCGAGUAUCGCGUCAGCGGUGCCGAACACGUAACUCUCGUUGAUCCUGCUACCAAGUCAGACGUAGGUAAGGAAUUAAUUGCCGACGGUUUUCUGAUUGCCGAGAAGGGCAAGAAAGAUCGCAGACUGCAGAAGCUGAUAAACGAUUACAAGGAAGCUGAACAGUCGGCCCGUAAGAAUCGCAACGGCAUCUGGCAGUACGGUGACAGCACCGAGGAUCAGGCUGGAGAGUUCGGCCUCGGCCGCUAGACUCGGCCGGUCUAAAGAAGCGUGAAUAUAUCCCCUGCCCUUCAUGAAAAAAAACAAAACAACACACACGUACACGUAUAUAUUAACAACACUAUUUUCAAGCAAAAGCAUAUACCUACGCGUGUAGAGUGAAAACAGAUUCAACUCUUUGAGAUAUUAUUCCAGUUUAUAUUUUUUAAAGAAAACAUUACAAUCAAUACUUCCAAACAUCCACUAAGCUAGCAGAAGCGGCAGACAUGAUUAACGGAGCAACCUACAGUAACAAUAGGCGAAGCAACAAGUGAACAAUCAGGACAACUGACUGGCCUUCUCCUUUCCGACAGAGUUUCAGGCAAGUUUAGUAGCCAAUCCGUACUAAGCUGAUUAAAAAUGCUCACAUUUCAUCGCUUGACCACACACCCGUUCACAUAAGGAUAGUUAGCAGGGAAAGGAAGUGAAAUCCAUCACACAGACUCACGUACGCAAACAUCAACCACAAACAGUCUGAUUAAUAUUAAACUUCAAGCGGUGAUGCUAACAAGUACGAACCAUAGGUCGGUUUUUUGUUUUGUAUUGAUUGCAAAUUAUCGAUAUCAGAAAUGAGACGUUUCAUGUAGGAAGAAUGGAGAGAACAGCUCCGAAAAAAAUUGCAGCAAAUUGAUUUUUGUCAUUAUAUCGUCUUGUAUUUUUUUUUAUUGGUAUAGAAUCGAAACUUUAUUAAAACUUUUGAGUUUAUGGGUAAAAUAAAUUCGUAAUUUUUCGCUUCUAUUAAAAAAACGUUUUGUUUUAUCCAGUAGUAGCUUUAGAAUGCAGAAAAUGGCAUCAUCUGAAUCAACAACAGAAAAAGUAAGAAACAUGGAAACUUGUUGGUAAAACAGAAAAUAUAUAUUUAUGAAAUGUCUAAACGCAAGAUCAAAACAGGAGUUAAUAAAGCUGAAUCGUCAAGUUA